AUGUCUGUCAAGCUCUACAUCCAGAUGGAAUACUAUAAGAACGGCACAUUGGAUGACUUGAUUCAGAGUGGAAAGCUGUAUCAGGAUCUCAGUCGUAUCUGGUCGAUUCUAUUCAACCUUCUGAACGGUCUGAAAGAAGUGCAUGCCAAUGGAAUUGUUCAUCGCGAUUUGAAGCCUUCCAAUAUCUUCUUUGACGAUAAUGGAGCGGCGCUGAUCGGCGAUUUUGGACUUGGCUAUUUUGUAGGGAAGGAAGUCUCGACUUCGACGGAUGGAAUCGAAAACAAUGAGAAUUACACCACAGCGAUCGGGACGAUUUUGUACGCGCCUCCCGAGCAAUUGGCGAACAAUCAAAGCUUCAGUGCUCAUUCCAAUGUUAGCACGCGAAUUACCACAAAGUCAGACAUGUUUUGUGUCGGUUUGAUUCUCUACGAAAUGCUCCUCCCUCCCAUGCCGACUGCGUUAGAACGCUAUAAGGCUGGACGUUUACGACCCGAAAUCAAGAAUUCUUACCAAGAUAUUAUUCUGCAUUGUUUAGAAGAAAAUCCAAAGAACCGACCUUCCGCCCAAGAAUUGAUCGAUAUGAUUCUCAGCGACGAUUCGAUCGUGAAUAAGAAGAACUUAGACGAAUUGAUGUUGUGCUUGUCCAAACCGAACAAUUCCGUUUUUAUGACUGUUACAAACACGCUGAUGGAGCGAGUAGAACAAAUUCGAAUUGAUUGA